AUUUUUUCGCGUUGGUAACCUUGAGCGAAUUCUUUCUUGAUUUUCAUUUUUCAAUCAUUCAUUCAUCAAGUUAUCAAACUUUUUGACGAAUUUUUGAAGUUUUCGUUGAUUUUUUGAAUAUUAGUGAACAUUUAAUCGAUUCUUAAUGCAAAAUAAACAGCAAGAAUACUUCAAACAACGAGAAAAACUGAAAUUCAUCUCGCCCAACAAUGUUACUAAGAAAGUCUUAGAUCCCGAUAUCAUGAUAAAGCAGUUAAUCUCUGAUAAAGAAACCUUCAAGUUCAACGUUAAAUCGGAGUCCACAUAUGUGCUACCAAAAUGGCUGAAGUUGGAGAAUGGCUUAGUGCCGAAAGUUUACGAACAAGUCUGGCAAGCUGUCAAAUUAGCACCGAUGAAUCAAUUCUGUGAUACCCAAAUUAUUACUCAAUUAUUUACCACUAGUGGAUUACCGUUGGAAAAACUCGGUUAUUUAUGGUCUAUCACCAACGUAGCUACUCCUGGAUUCUUGACUCAACAAGAACUCUACGUUAUGCUCGUUCUAAUAGCUUUGGUUCAGACUGGGUAUCCUGUUAAAGAUAUAUCGAUACUGAAAGGUAUCAACCAUCCAAUACUGCCUCAAUUAGACUACAGUUUCCUCAACAUUACCGUCGCGAACCCAGCUAUCAACAGAAGCGUUAUUAAAAAUUCAACAAACGAUUCCAGAGUACUGAACAACACUCCAGCGACGCAGAGCAUUCCGACCGUACAAUUUUCCGGACCUAUCGCGACGCCAAAACAUUACGAGAAUAUUCCUAGUUUUUCCAAACCACCUAAAGAUUUUUCAAAACCGAUAGAUUUAAUCGCAUCGGAUUUCAAACCAAAGGAAAUGCCAAAAAUUAAUAUUACCUCCGAACUGAAAAACUUAUCAGUGAACGAUACGUUUCCUCAACCUUUAAAAUUUGAUAUCUCCAAUAGUUGUUCGAACAAUAUUCUUAAACCUGCCAAACCGAAUAAUAUUAAAAACUACGAUUAUUUAGGUUUAUCCGAUGUUUCCUCCAAUUUAGAACCAAAGUCGUUAGAUUUACCUAUUUUUGAAACAGCCCAAUCGAAUGGUUUCGAUGAUGAUGAAUUCACCGAGUUUCAAAGCGCAACCGUAGUUACCACUAAUGACGAAUAUGCGGAUUUCCAAUCGGCGUCACCUCUUGUAAAAUACGAACUGAACAAUUUUACCACUGAUACCACCACCGACUUGAUAUGUGAUCAGAGUAUACCGAAUAUUACCCCGGAUCCUGUAUCAUUGAGCAAUGACGAACAAAACGAUGUUAAAACUGGAAUUGACGCUGAUAAAUAUGAUGUAUUCAGAUCAUUAAUGGAACAUCCGAAGAAUAAAGAGGUCCCAAAAAAAGAGGAAGAAGUGGAGGAUUUUGGUGAAGAUGAGGAAGAAGAAGAUGAAGAUAAUUUCGGAGAUUUUUUUGGCGUUAAUGUCGAACCAGCUAAAGAUGCUAAAGAGUUAUCCAUCAGAGAAAAGUGUUUAGAUGCUUGUUUACGUUUACUUCAAGAAGGAUUACGUGUAUUUUCUAGUAUUUCAAAUGAACAAACCUUAUCCGAAGUGCUCUCAGAUGAAAGAGGCUACAGAUACUUCAAUCAACUUAAAAUCGUCUACGAAACUAGUCAGCGAUUUCAACGUCAAUUCAGUAAUCAGCAUGUGAACGAUGCUUUGCAAAUACUUUGGGGUAAACUCACCUCCUACACUAAAUACAUUCCAAGUGAUGAGCUUUUAGACGAAAUUCCCACCGAAGACGAUAUCGACGGAUCGCUUUGUAAACUCUGCGAAACCAAGUGCGAUGUUAAUUGCGUUCGGUACGCGGGAAACAAUUACCAUGUAACGUGUAUAAAUUUAUUUCUACAUUUCGUCGAAGAUUCGAAAAUUUCAGCCAUGUUGAAUAUUUAAUUAGUCAAUUUAUACGCUGAAAAGUCAACAGUUCCUGAGAAAAGUAUCGUUGAACUAUUGUUCCGCGUGUGAUUCUGAUCGCAGUUUCGUUUCCUUAAUUUAUUGAGUACCAUUCUAACGGAUUAUUGUUUGCUGUUGCUUCGAAAAGCCUUUGUAAAAUGAUAAUGCGAGUAUCCAGACUGACUUCAGUGGUUGAAAAAUUGUGUUUGAUUUUCAGAUUCGUGAUCGUCGAAUUUCUUUCUUGGCGUCGAGACGUCGGUGUACAAAUUCGUGGUACUCGAUGGUAUCUUAUAAGUCGAAUCAAAAUCUGCAAAAUUGGUUAGUCGUGUUUGUAUUUAGUAAAUCUAUGUCGAAAAACAGUUGUUGAAGUUUGUAAGGUAUUUUUCUGUAAUCGAAAUAGCCAAUAUUCGAGAACCUGUUUUUUGAUAUUAGUAUUCUAUUUUGUUCUAUGUUUGAUUUACUUCUUUCAUUUCUGGCGUUUUCGCGGAUUUUUGGUUUAUUUUAUGAUACUAAUUUUGCACUUUGAUAUUGUCUCCAGGAAUAAUCGCGAACGGUUGCUAGUCUUCGUUUAAUUGUACUUGUAAAAUAAGAAUCGACGUUUUACGAGGUAGGUUUGUUUGAUUUUUGAUAUUCUAUUUUUGAUGAUGUAUUUUUUUUUUCGAGAAUCGAAAGUUUAUGAAAGGAAACAUUGACGAAUCAUUAAUUGAAAAAAAAAGUACUUAGAUGAAUUAAUUUUUAAAAAAAUGAUAGAGGUAGAAUUUGAAAUCCAUAUUACUGUUUCGAAAUUAUUGUUUCAAAGGUGGUUUCAAAUUGUUUCACACAUACGCUCGAAUUGUAGCAACUUUUGUCGAUUGCGAUAAACAAUAACGUGGUAGUAUUUGAAUUGAAAUAAUAAACCUGUGAGUCAGGUUGAGUAAUUGCGAGUAUUUUGAUAGUGCAAUUUUAAGAUCCUUGAAAAUUCAGAUAGUGAUUUUAUUGCGUUUUUGGACUCUACCUUCCUAAUCUAUUCUGUGACACAAACUUGAGGCCAUUUCUAGCCUUUUUUAGUUCUGUGUAAUUGACUUAAUAUUACAGAAUUGACGGAUACUACUUAAGGAGUCAGGAUACUCGCUUAAUUAUCAUCGCUGUGAUAAAAUUUUUAGUCUAGACUGUUUUGUGAAUUUUUAAAGAUACACAUUCCAUUUUAUUGCGCGUAUUCUUAAAUCAGUAUUAUCUUUUUUCUUCUUCGUUUAGCUUUUUAAUAAAAUUCUUAUAUUUAUUUGGA